AAAUAAUAUUACAUCUCUGCUAGAACAGCGACCAAACUCGAACCUGAUCAUUUUUUGGCGGCAUCGAUGAUCGAUAAUUCCCUGCAAUCACCGGAGUCUUCAAAAGCCAAAACCAUAUUGAAACUUCUCCAAGGAUGCAACAGCCUCAAGAAGCUUCGAAAGAUCCACGCAUUCGUCAUCACCAACGGCCUUCAACACCACCCCGCCAUCUCCACCAAGCUCCUCCACUUCUGCGCCGUCUCCGUCUCCGGCUCCUUGCCCUACGCCGUCCUUCUCUUCCGCCACCACAUUCUCAACCCGCAAACCGACGACUGGAACUCCAUCAUUCGUGGCUUCUCCCAAAGCCCGAAUCCUCUCAAAGCCAUCUUCUACUACAACGACAUGGUUUUGGCGGCUGAUAAAAAUUUCGACUGUCGUCCUGAUUCCUAUACUUUCUCGUUCCUUCUCAGGGCCAGCGAGAGAACCAAGGCCGAGAGGAAGUGCAGAGAGGUUCAUGGCUCGAUAAUACGACGUGGGUACGAGGCGGAUGUUGUCGUUUGCACGAAUCUUGUCAAGUCGUAUUGUGGGAAUGGUUUGGUUGAGACUGCGCGGAAGGUGUUCGAUGAAAUGCCUGUGAAGGACUUGGUUUCGUGGAACUCCAUGAUUCUGUGUUAUUCACAAGCGGGUUUUCACCAUGAGGCUUUGAGGACGUAUGAUCUUAUGAGAAAUGAGAAUGUGGGUGUUGAUGGAUUCACUCUUGUUGGCUUGCUUUCCUCGUGUGCUCAUGUGGGCGCGCAGAAUAUCGGAGUUGAAAUGCAUAGAAUGGCUUGUAAAAGGGAGUUUUUGAGGAAUGUUUUUGUUGGGAAUGCUCUUAUAAAUAUGUAUGCCAAAUGUGGAAACCUGGAUGCUGCUCGUUCUGUCUUCGAUUCCAUGAUUAAGCGCGAUGUUUUAACUUGGAACUCGAUGGUUGUCGGGUAUGGAGGUCAUGGUCUAGGAAAAGAAGCAAUUGAGUUCUUUGAGAAAAUGCUAAUGGCAGGAUUCCAUCCAAACUCUAUUACAUUCCUAGGUUUGUUAUGUGGAUGUAAUCACCAAGGGCUAGUUGAGGAGGGCGUCGAGUACUUCCAUCGAAUGACCUCGAAAUACAACAUCAAGCCCGGGAUUAAGCACUAUGGCUGCCUGGUGGAUCUGUUUGGCCGAGCAGGGAAACUUGAGAAGGCGCUCGAAGUCAUAAAAAAUUGCCCUUCCCAGCAUGAUCCAGUUCUUUGGCGCACUCUGCUCAGUUCUUGCAAGAUUCACAAGAACGUCGAGAUGGGAGAGAUUGCCAUGAGGAGUCUGGUCCAGGUCGGGGCAUCAAAUGCAGGGGACUGCAUACUCCUUGCUAGUAUCUAUCAGGGAGUAAACAAUGUCGACGGGGUUGCGAGGAUGAGGAAAAUGAUCAAAAGCUGGGGAAUAAGGACGACCCCCGGUUGGAGCUGGAUUGAAGUCGCUGAUCAAGUUCAUAAGUUUGUUGUAGAUGACAAGUCACACCCUCAUACCAAUGAAAUAUACAAUAAACUGAGGGAAGUGAUCCAUGUUUUGUCUCAGCUUGGUUAUGUGGAGGAAGGGUUUUGGGGAACUAGUACUUCGUCAUAUCACAGUGAGAAGCUUGCUAUUGCUUUUGGGAUUGCAAGAACCCCGGAGGGAACAUGUUUGAGAAUAGUGAAGAACCUGAGAGUUUGUGGAGAUUGCCAUUCGUUUACUAAAUUUGUUUCCAAAGCAUUCAAUCGAGAAAUAGUUGUAAGGGAUCGAGUGAGGUUUCAUCACUUCAAAGGCGGGUUAUGCUCAUGUAACGACUAUUGGUGAUAAGUAGAUUUUGCACAACUUUAUUUAUACAUAGGUAUAGAAAGUAAAAUUUGUUGUAGCUGAGGCAUAAC